AUGCAGCCGGACGACGAAGACAUCUACCAGAUGUUUGUCCCGUCUGAACCCAGCCACCCCCAACGCCCCCUCAGAGCGAGUCCACGGCCCGCGAGCUGGCACCAGGAGCCCGUCCCGGGGCCGCACCAGGAGCCCGUCCCGGCACCGUCCGUGGAGGCCCCGCCUCCCGGUAAGCUUGUCCGCAGAGCGAGCAGUGGUGGAGAGAAGGCCUCUGAGCAGAGUCCAGACAGUGACCUGUGCUGCAGCCUGGACACCGUCCACACUGAGUCUUCAAGCAACGACUUCUCGGCUUCUUCUUCUUCGGAGCAUCUGGACCAUGUUGAAAACGUGUACGACAACAUUCACUUCCAGGAUCUGCAGCGAAUGGGCCUCGUCAGAAGAGAGCACCAACAGGAACCAGUAGAAGAUACUGGGAUCAAACCAGAAUCAUCAUCAGAAAGUACCAGAUUGUCGACGCAAGAAGCAACAAGAACUUCAGAGCUGAAAAUGGAGGAGAACGUUUACGAUACCGUAUGUUUUCAGGAACUCCCGGCUAAAGACUCAUACGUUGAUAUGGAGCAUGAUGUGGAGAGUUUGUUGGUGUCGGAGCAGGACUUGGCUGAGAGUCUAAAAGAUUUUGCAUCCGAGGAAAGCCUGCAGUUUGAAGACGAGGCAAACAACAACGUCACUUCCUGUUGGUCCGACUUAGACCUGUCUUCGUCCGGCGCUUCGGACACGCUCCACCGACACAAAGGCGACAGAAUGUCGGAGCGCGUCGACGAGAUUUGGAACGACUUAGAAAAUUACAUCAAGGUCAAUGAGAAAAAACCUGUCCGUCUUCCCGCGGCUUUUCCAGUGAACAAAUCGCCGAAGAAGAAGCUGACGAGUAAAAGUCUGUGUCAAACCUGUAGUCCUCCUUCAAGAAAGCCUUCCACGGUCAGUAUCCCAGUCCUCACCGUCCCCGAUAUCGAAGUCACAGCUGAAGAAGAGGUCGCUCAAACAUCUACGACACCUGAGCCACAGCCCGGAACAGUCACGAGUCUCCGGAACAGACUGGUGCGGCUCAGCAGUGGGAGUUUCCGGCUGGACGAAGACGAUGACCUCGUCGAGCUCUCGCCCAAAUCUCCAUUGCCAAAAGACCUGUUGUUCCCCGGUGAACUGGCAAGUCUGGAUCUGCCGCUAGCUUCCAGUUCGCUGCUGUUGGGAGAUUCUGCAGACUUUUCGUCGGAGCUGGACAAAAGCAGGAGCAGAGUGUUCCUGAUGGCCCGUCAGUACAGUCAGAAGAUCAAAAAGGCCAAUCAGCUUCUGAGGAUGAGGAGCAUGGAUCCUGGGGACACCUGCCCUCGAGCCAGAGCAGAGAAGAAACAGAAAGACCUGGCAGCCAUCUUGGAGGAGAAGAAACAAGGAGGUGCAGCGAUAGGUGCUCGGAUAGCAGAGUACUCCCAGCUGUACGACCAGGUCUUGUUCCCUCCAGGCUCCCCCUUUGGUCCCCCCCCCCCUGCCUCCCCCUCUCACCCCCACCACCUGUCCUCCUCCCCCUCUCACCCCCACCACCUGUCCUCCUCCCCCUCUCACCCCCACCACCUGUCCUCCUCCCCCUCCCUGCCUGAGACUUGCUCCGAUCAGGACUGGCUCCACUCCACUUACAGCAACCGUGAACUCGCCAGCUUCAUGACGUCCUCCACCCCCCUCCGCCCUCCCCUCCCCCCAAGCCCUGCCCCUAAAGCCUUGCCCGCUGCCCCUAAAGCCUCGUCCACUGCCCCUAAAGCCUCGUCCACUGCCCCUAAAGCCCCGCCCGCUGCCCCUAAAGCCUCGUCCACUGCCCCUAAAGCCUUGCCCGCUGCCCCUAAAGCCCCGCCCGCUGCCCCUAAAGCCCCGCCCGCUGCCCCUAAAGCACUGGCCCCUCCCUCCCAGCGCUGGAGCUCGUGUGUGUCGGCCCAGUGUGAAGAAGAGGACCACGUUUACAGCACGAUAAAGAGACACUCUUCUUUCAACACGACUCUGUUCGCUCGGGACCAGCCCAGAUCUGAGACCAAGAAAACCAACAGAUGUUCUGGACACUUCCCGAGUCUGGGACGGACCGGACGCCAUCACAGCCUCCCGGAAAGUUCAGACAUCACAGACGGGAAACAGGUCCAGCUGCUGAACCGUAACUCUGCGCUCAGCAUCUUUGCCGCAACGCAGAACUAUCUCGUCAAUUUCAAAGACCACGGCGAGGACGAUGACGACUACGUGGAGAUCCGCUCUGAGGACGAAACUGAGCCGGACCCGAACCCCAAAUUGGAACAGCGUCCGCCCAGAGGCCUAUCGCACAGUCUCCCUGGAACGCCGGUCCGCACCUGCGAGUCUCUGAGUGCUCUGCAGCGCCACCACCUGGAGAAGUACCUGUGGACCGAGCAGCCCAGGAUGGUCCAGCCCAGGAUGGACCAGCCCAGGAUGGACCAGCCCAGGAUGGUCCAGUCGCUGAGGGAGAAGCUGCAGUGUCUCAGCUCCAGUAGCUUUGCCUGA